AUGGCAAAGAACAAGUCCCCGGGGAGUGACGGGCUCCCGAAAGAGCGUUUUGAAGCGCAUUGGGACCUGCUUGGGGGGAGUUUCAUGGCAAUGGCAAGAGAUUUCGAGUCAACAGCUUCCCUGCCGGCGGAGAUAAAGGAAGCAGUCACUAUCGUCCUGCACAAAAAAGGCGUCCGCGAUCAGCUCAACAACUACAGGCCCAUAACGCUUCUCAACUUCACCUACAAAUACGGCUUUCUCCCGGGGAGGCGGCUCUCUGACGCGGUGGCGCUGGUGGCUGAUAUAAUAGACGCUGCUAAGAACGAAAAUGAGGACUGGUACCUCCUCCUUGUGGAUUUCCAGAAAGCCUUUGACUCCGUGUCCAGGGACUUCCUCUUCCAGGUGCUGAGGGGGAUGGGGUUCCCUCCGCGUUUUGUGAAGUGGAUCGGGGGCCUGCAUGAGAACACAGCCGCGAAACUUUUGGUCAACGGCUGGCUCGGUGAAGGGCUGGAGGUGGUGUCUGGUGUAAGGCAAGGGUGCCCGCUUGCAACUUACCUGUUCUUGUGCGCGGUUGAACCUCUGGCGCAGGAGGUAGGAAGGGCGAAGCUGGGGCUAAGCAAGGAUGAGCAACGGCUGAACUAUCUGGGGUAUGCAGCGACACGACCCUACUUUAAAUGGGCUGGCGCAAAUGACGCGGAGAAACUGCUGGGAGUAUGGGUGUCGCCUUCUGGAAGCGGCGUGAAGACCUGGAAAAAGGCCCUGUGUCACAUCACGGAGAAACUGAUUAAGUGGAAGCAGAAGUACCUCACCACAUCAGCCAGAGCGACGGUGAUUACCUACUACAUCGUCCCGAUCGUGGCCUUCCAGGCGCAGAUUUAUCCACCGCCUGCUGACACGUGGGAUGAUGUCACUCGCCUCAUCCAUGGCUUUGUCUCGGAGAAGAAUCUGGUUAAGCGCGACAUCAUGACCAAGGCGGCGGACUUACCUCUGGGGGUAGACAGCUUCGCGUCACAUGAGAAACUGAUGAAGCAUUGGGACGGUCAGAGCAUUCGCUGGAGGCAGACUUGCGAAUGCUUCAUCCACUUCCCUCUAUGCAUCUGGCCGGCUGCAGUGACAAGGGAGGAUGUGCUGCAGGAGCGGGUGGUUUUCAACACGCGUAUUUUACUCAACGAGACCACUCCUAUUGGAGGGCAGAAGGACGUGAAGCAGCUGCGAGAGCUAAGGCUAGGAGAUCUGUUAGAGGAGGAAGCCGACGGUGGGCUGGUGUCGCUAUCCAUGGCGGAGUUGUCUCAGAGGCUAGGAGGGAGCGGCCCUGCGAGGCUAGCAUCAAAGGCACUGGGCGCUAUUCCUGCUCUGUGGCUCCGACGGUGCUCCCCUGCUCGGCUGGCUUAG